CCGCCAUCAAGAAACGCUCCGAUCCUAGUGACACUGCGUUUGCUUGAAGAGCUACCAAGCAAAGGUCGGACAACCAUCGCCCUAGAAGAAGGACCAUUCACUCAUUUCCGGACCCUAUCACAGCCGGCCCGCUUUGCGUUCGGUCGCGAGAAAUCCCAUAUCCGGGCCUAAACUAUCUAGACCGAAACUGUCUUGCCACCCAACCCAGAACUGAGAGACCUAGCUGUGCUUGGUCGUAGAUCCAAACUCAAUUGAUUUCCGAUCUACCUACGCACCCUGGAUACCAGACCUUCGCAAAUACGACCUCAAACAUCGGGCACGGAGCCCCGUCGGUCGAGCUCCGUUGCGUGUCGUCUUCCGACCGAACGGGCCAGGAGUCCAAGCUCACGAGCUCCGUCUCGGAACAUGCUCCCCAGGUCACCACAGCCGCAGAGUUGAUCUCGCCUUUGUCUAUCGCAUCCCCUGAAGCAGACCUGAAGAACCCACCGAUCACCACGGCUGCCAACAUGGCUCCACGAGACGAGAACCAGACCAACGGCCAGGUCGAGGACCUGAUAGACCUCAACGAGGCACCGUCACUCUCUGCUACAGAGGUCGUCAAGGACAAGACGGUAACGGAACCAAGGCAAACAACGGAGCCACCAACACAGGAACUGUCCGAAACCAUGGACUCGUCGAUAGCGACCCUCAAGCCCACCAGUGCACCAUCAACCACCGUUGCAACGCAAUACCUGACCAUCGAGGCCAGCACCUACGUCGACCCAACCCCACCGACUCCAGACGGAUCACAACCGCCAUCCCGCACGCCCUCCAACGCCCGUCGCUCCUCGAAUGCAACCUCACCAGCACCCUCCGAUGGGGCAUACGACUUUGACAAGCGGUAUGUCAGCGAAGAUGAACAGGAGCAAGGCGGGAGCAGCAGCCGCUCUGAGAUUCAGAGCAUCAUGGAGCAGUUCACUGGCGACGGCGGUGGUCCAGGCGCUGAUGAGGUCAUGUCACCGCGACUUGAGAUUGCUGGACCUCUACUCGGAACGCCGCAGCAGCACCCCCCUAGAAAGUCGAGUCUUGAGCCGCUGGCGCCGAGCAUCGCAUCGCAGUUUCAAGAUCUAAAUGUGUCAAACUCUCCGCCAUCUGCAGGAAAGGCCAAGGAGGUAGCAGUGGAGGACGAGGAGCGACCACCAGUGCCGCCCAAGGACAUUACUAUUCCCGACCCCGCGACGUCGCAAGACAGCCUUGGCGAGCAAGUGCUCUCGCCGACUGUAUCGAUGCACCGACCGCCUCCGCCAGAACCUGACGAAGAGCCAGCCCUUCCGUUUGACUUUCACCGCUUCCUCGAACAGUUGCGGAAUAAGAAGGCCGAUCCUGUAGCCAGGUACCUGAAGUCAUUUCUUUCCGAAUUUGGAAAGCGGCAAUGGAUGGUUCACGAGCAAGUCAAGAUUAUUGGUGACUUCCUUGCUUUCAUUGCCAACAAGAUGGCACAGUGUGAUGUUUGGCGUGAGGUUUCAGACGCCGAGUUCGACAACGCGCGCGAGGGCAUGGAGAAGCUCGUCAUGAACCGCCUCUACACUCAGACCUUCUCGCCUGCCAUACCCCCGCCGCAGCCCAUACCAGGGUCUAAGCCAAACAGGAAGCGAGGCGGUGAAAGGCCGAUGGGUCCGGGAAGGAGAGGUCAGCAUCAGGAGGAUGUGGAAAGAGACGAGAUUUUGGCGCAAAAGAUCAAGAUAUACGGUUGGGUGAGGGAAGAACACUUGGACAUACCCCCGAUCGCCGAGAGUGGACGGAGGUUCUUGAAGCUUGCGCAGCAGGAGCUACUCAAGAUAUCAACAUAUCGAGCACCACGUGAUAAGAUAAUAUGUGUUUUGAACUGCUGCAAGGUUAUAUUCGGACUGCUCAAACACUCCAAGUCGGAUUCAUCCGCCGACUCCUUUAUGCCACUACUCAUCUACGUCGUCCUUCAAGCCAACCCUGAUCAUCUGGUAUCCAACGUGCAGUACAUAUUACGAUUCAGGAACCAAGAGAAACUGGGUGGCGAGGCUGGAUACUAUCUUUCAUCACUAAUGGGCGCGGUUCAGUUCGUGGAAAAUAUGGACCGUACAACCCUGACCAUCACUGACAACGAGUUUGAGCAAAAUGUCGAAAGGGCAGUUAUGGAAAUCGCGGAGAAGCACCCGCCGCAGUCACCACCCCUCCCACCCUCACAGUCCGAAAAGCCACAAUAUCAUUCUCAUCAUAACAAUCACUAUAAUGCCGGUGAAUCAUCAUCAACCUCAGCGAGACCAUCUCUUGACAUCAUCUCCGACGGCAACCGGCCUGGCACUCCGCGGCGCUCGACCGACGGCGGCGAGUCCUCGGAUCUGGAAAAGGAGGCCCCGAUUUCAGGCUUGCUGCGAUCUAUCCAGCGACCGCUCAGCCACAUUGGACGCAUGUUUACCGAAGACCCGACGCCGGUUUCGGGACCGAGCCGAGGUAGCCCCGUGCACACCCCACAGCCCCGGCGAUCGGAGGAGGCGCCAGGGCAGCAGCAGCAAAAAGUUCGACAGCACUUGUCAGCAGAAGAGGCGGCGGCAAGGCAGGCGAGCGCAGAGGCGGCAGAGGCACAGAGGCUUCACCGUGCUGAGCAUGCCAACAUUGUUGAAACGCUAGCGGGCAUGUUUCCUGACUUGGAUCGUGAUAUCAUCAGCGAUGUCGUGUAUCAGAAGGAGGGAAGGGUGGGAUUGGCUGUUGACGCGUGUCUUGCGCUGUCAGCAUGAGGGGAUGAGGCGAGGUUAUUUACAACUAGGCAUAUCUAAGGCCAUACGAAUAUAUAUACUGGCCAGGCACGAAGCCAAGUAUAUGCUUAAUUGCGAUCAGCGAUGAUUAUGUUGCGCAGCUGGAAGGCUAAUUGCUAAUAUCGGAGGAUGACGGCCAGCAUCUGCUACCAGCACUGGGGAGACUGAGUUUGAUGUCGUUUAGCCAGCAUUGCUCCACAGCAAAAUGUGGCAUUGUACCUUGAUUGAAUCGAAAGCAUAGCCGCAAUGUGCAGUUUUUCCAUGCUGGGAAAGGCGGAAAUUUUCCCUUCAGCCAGGAAAUAAAUGUUACGCCGAACAGUUGGGUGGAACUCAAUGACAACCUUGCCCGCAACAUACGCGGCUGCAACAUUCGGAUCUGGAUGUGAAAUCUCUUGAACUCCCCUUAUCGUGAUGAUAAAAACUGGGAGAGCAUCCGCCGCGCUCUGCGGCGCCCAGGCGAUUUCGUCUCACAACUUCCUCAUUGCCCUCCUCUUACUACGAGGUGAAUCUCGCUCGUGACGGGAUGGCAUGAGGCACGAAAAUCAAGACAGCCUAACCUUCUCGUGCCCAGUGUUGCGUCCAAAAAACGGCGAGCCACGAGCUGCUUAUUUGACCGAGGAAACCAAAGUCGCCAGUCUGGCCAGACUCUGUGCUGCUGGUUUCGACGUUCAUCGUGUGGCCGGACUGCGAAACAACAGAGAAAACUCAAGGGUCCAGACUCUUUUUUUUGUAAUAAGCUUACGGUCUAUUCUUCUUUGCACGGAUGAUCGGCAUUGCUUGGUACAAAGUACCUACCUCCCUAGGUGAGCGAGCGGGGGAAGAAGAGAGGAGGCCAAGACGUCAGACAACAGCAGCUGGGGCUUGUGCCGCACUCAUACCACGGAUAGGGGGAUCUUGGGAGCAUCGCAGACCUCGAUGCCCACGGCAAGGUUCGAAAUCGACUCGAGUAGUCCCAGAUUACCGCCGCGGUCGAAGCAUCUCAAGGGCACGGCGGACAAGGGGUUCGAGGGAUUUCAGUACACAGGGGACCAGAGGGUCUGGCCUUGAGCUGCAAAGAAACCAUCCGGCACGGACUCUCGUCGCCAUCACCGAGUAGGACCUAGCCCCUGCAGCUUGCCUGUGCAUAGCUGAGAACAUCGUGAGGAUACUUCUCGACCGAUUAAAGAAAAAACCAUCGUCUCCCUCGAUGUUGCCCCUUUUUCUAUUCUCCUCAAGCCGCCCAGAAGCCAGCACAAGCACCACAUCCAAAUCCUCCGCAGCUCGCUGCCUCACUCACCUAGUCUUUUCCGUCACACCCGGCCUCGAGGAAACCUUGCUACGGGUGAUGCGUGUCAUUAUCUCUUGGAGGGAGGGGGGACUUGUUCAAUUUUUGUCACUCGUUUGAAAAGCACCCUUGAUACUUGCUACUUUGUCCCUUGUCAAAAAUAUACAGCAGUCUUUCUUGUCCCCCGGGCCAAGAUUUAAGAUACGAGAUCUGGUGUGGUCUAGGUUCAUUCGCUAGCAAAGCUCGAGUCAUUCUCAUCGAGACGCCCUUAUUCAAGCAGAUGAUCUAGUCAAAAAAGAGGAUAGUAAGACACGCACACUUUACUAGUAGUAGAAGCUUCUAACUAGCCUUUUAUUAUAUCUCGCGUAACGUUUGCAUUGUGGACAAAUAUUUAUCACCAACAGCUACACGACCAAAUGUAAAGUAUAAAAACUGC